CAGGGAGCAUGCUCUCCAGGAUUUGGAGCCCGAGUACUUGGAGUUCGACCAGACACUUGGUGCAUUCGGGCACUCCCGCAUCCAAUGCCGCAAUCACGUCUGCCCUCAGACGCAGCGAGAUGGUUUGGGGAGGCAUGAGCUGCCGCACAGCGACCAAGAAGGCGGGGGGCUCGUCGAAAAACGGACGUGACUCACCAGGCCAGCGUCUGGGUGUCAAGAAAUUUGGGGGGCAAGAAGUGAUAGCAGGCAAUAUUUUGGUGCGGCAACGAGGGCUGACAUUCAAGGCGGGUGAUGGUGUAGGCGUUGGGAGGGACUAUACGCUUUUCGCCUUAAGACCAGGCUGGGUAAAGUUUACGUACGACGUACAUAGCAAGAAAAAAUAUGUCCGAAUUGCUGCUUGUAGCCCACAUCCUCACGACCAAAAGGCAGUGUCGGAGGUGGACGAAGAGGAAGCGGUGGCGUAAAAUGUGAGGGUGGUCCCAAAAAAUAAUGUCGCGUCUCUAAAA